ACUUCUGCACAUUCUUAUUUCUGUUCAGAUGCAGAUUCAGUUGCUUUGAACCCAAUAAAACACACUGCUUCUCUCACAUUUUUUCUAAAUCUGGAUGAGCUGGGAGUUGUCAACUCCACUGCCUGAUUUGAUUUCAAGCUUUGAAGAGAAAGAAUGCAUUCUUGGCACUGAGGCAAGUUUGGCACCCACUUGGAGAAUGGCUUGAUGGGAUCCAUCCAGUGUGAAAUGUUCAGCAUCAGAUGGACUCUUUACAGGCUCAGCUUUAUUCCCCCAUUGAGAUGGUGUUUGGGGAGCUGGAUAAAUCCUCUGGUAUUUGGACCCUGAGAAAUGCCCACAAGACGACACGUUACUUACCACAGUAACCUGAGUGCUUCCAAAGGCUGGCUUCUGUAGCGCACAUGUGACCAAGGUUUUGCUCUUUAUUAUGACUGGAUUAAACAGUGGUGAUGGAAAAUAAAACCCCCUUCAGAAGAUCAAGUUCUCAAGUCCCAAGGGAAAUAGCACCAGGUUCAAUAAAUAAGAGAGGAUCCUGACUCGCAUUGUUCCAAAUGGAAGGUUCUCAACUUCGUGUGUGCUUCAUGGGAUAAAAAAAAAUGAUCCCCUUUGUAAAAAGAAACCCUGUCCGGUUUCCUAGCAAAGAGCUGCUUGCUGAGCCUCCCGGAUUAAUUGAUGACAAGCUGUUUGGUGACUAUGACUGCAAACAAUUGGUUUCAGAAAAGGAUUGUCACGUACCUAGCCAUUCCAUGGGGGACAUCCUAGCAAAUCCAUCAGACUCCUCUGGUUCUUCUUACCACACUGCUCUGUGCUCAGAGGGAACAGACAGCUUUAAGGACUGUGUGGAGUCUUUUGAAGAUGAUAUAGAUAGGCUGUUAACCAGCUCACCUGCUAAUGACCUGGUACCGGCAAGUCCUUCAGAACUGAGCUCUGCUGCUGUGAAAUAUUUCCUGGCCAGCCCUUCGGACAAUAAAGCUGAGCAACUCAGUGAGAGACCAGGUCUUUCUGAUAAAGCCUCAUGUCCAUGGCCUGACCGAUGCAGCAAAGGAGAUGAUCGCACAUCUGCUGCUGCAUCUACAGCUGGAACUCACUCAAUUUCCUGUGGAAGCCAGGCUUCAGGAGCCUUUUUAGCGGUCACAGCUAAGAGGCCACAGAGCCAGGCAAACAGCAUGCAUGCCCCAAGCCACCAAGUCUGCAGAGACCAAGGCUGCUACAGCGACGAGGAGGAUCAACAGGUUCAGAUGUCAGUCAUGGCUAAGAAUAGCUCAGCUCCUGUGUACAGUGUCAGGAUGGGGCUAGUCACAAGAGAGCUGCAGCCUGGAGACACUGGGUCUAAAUAUUUGGAUCAUCCUUUGCCAUUUAAUUCGCAGAGAUCCGGGGGAAUGUUCCUCUGUGCCCGCCAGAUGAAGAAGCCCAGCCGAGUGCCUGUAAGUAGCAAACCAGCAUGUCCCCAGUAUUGCGCUGAAUUCUCAAGUGCUGUGAGUGACUCCGAUGAGGCUGAUAAUGAGGUUCAGAAGCUCACCGCUCUGUCAUUCCGGAGUCUCUCGUGUCCCCAUGGCAGUUACCUAGAUAUGUACAGUUCUAGUAACAGGACAUCGUCCAGCUUGUCCAAUUCCUUGUCAGAAGACAGUAAUGGAGUAAACAGGUGGUCAACAUGUCAUGAUCUGAGAAAAGCAGAGGUGCUCAACCCUGCAAAGGGCAACAGACAAUUCCCAACUGCCAGCCAAGCCCCUGAAAAAGAUCAGCUUAAUAACACAUGCAGGAAGGAGCAGUUUGAGUGUAUCGAUGUGGUGCUGGACAACGCUGACAGCAGACAGAGUCACUUCAAAAAAAGGACUGUUCCCAAACGUCAGAUCCAGCUCAAACAGAAGGACAGAAAAGACAUGAAUUUCCUUGCUAGGGGCGAGAGCACUGCCCAACAAGGUUUCUUACCACUUAGGAACGACUCCUGUACAAAAGGCAGGAUCAUCAGUGAUAAAUUCAGGAUAAACUACAAACAGUUUAUGAGAACAGCAUCCUUAAAUGAUUCUUACAGCAAAACCCAGAUGGCUUCUUGCCUGGUGAAAAAUGUGCUGGCCAAGAAAAUGCAGUAUGAGCAAAAGAUUAAAAUGGAACAAAAAUCCAUGCAGGGCAGUUCCACCUCUUCAGCACCAUCCUCCGUAAGUACUGACCUCAUGAGGGAUUUUAUGGAACAGAAGUCAAGUUCUCUGUCCAAGUCUGACUGCAGCUAUUCAGGGGAAGAUAUGCAAAGUCAUUCAACAAGUGAAAAGUCAGAGUCUGUAGCAAUGAGUCAGGACAGCAUGGAUGUCCUACGGCCGACCAAGGGGGUAGUGUUGAACAAGCAGCUAAGAGAAAAUGUCUGUAAGCUGAAAAAGACAUUUAAUGAGCUCAAUGAACGAAUGAAGUACCAAGAUGUUCUGCAGUCCAAGAGACUUCCUAUCUUGGCGGAUGGUGUGAAUGAGGGCUCCAAGAACAACAAGAAACAGGUUGCUGGAAAGAGGAAAGAAUACCAGAAAGCUCGUGCCCUGUUUGAAUCCCAACAGGCUGAUCCAAAGGGAGUGGAUACCACCCCACCAUUUUCUAAAACACAAAAGCCGUGGCCAAACCUUAAGCAGCGAGCAAUCAAGCCAAAUAAGCAAAUGUCAUGGAAAAAGGAAAAGAGCCCCUUUGAGCCAGAAAGCCUUGCAGUACCCAGCAAGACAUCCAGAACCACCUUCACAUCCAAAACACAGGAGAUGAAGCUGAUGCCCCAGGCUAAAAAUGAGGAGAAAACACCGACUACCUCUAGGCACCUGACUCCAGAUGGAAGCUCUGAGGGGAAGGUGCCAGCAGCAGUGCACAGCAUCAAACAGUCAUCUCUCGUUUUGCCCACAUCUGGCAAACCGUGUGACGAUGGGAAGACCAGCUGCCCUGAAGCAUCACAUGUUGAGGAGACCAAGGAGACAAGAAGUAAAGGGAAGGGUCGAAUACAUCAGCCCAGGGAUGUCCGAAAAUUAGUUAAGAACACCUAUAGCUUGUGCUUUAAAUCUUCAGACAUUUCCCAAAUAGUCCAAUACCCCUGCGAAGAAACCAACAGUGAAGGCCUAGCAACAAAGGAGCCCACUGCAGCCUCCCCACUAUUUAUCCACUGCACCUCAAUACAACGUAAAGACGCUACACCAACAAUGAACCAGUCCCAUGGAAAAGACUCAGAUGUGUCGGUACAUUCUAUGCAAGAUCAGGGUGCAAGAGAGAAUCUGUAUGGUACCAGUUUGAACCCCACCAUCAAGCCACGUAUGAGCAUGCCUGUAAAAGUGAUAGAAAGCAAAGGGGUUGCGGCAGCUAAGUCUCCAAUGCACAUCACUAAAAUUCAGUCAAAGAAAAAGGUGGUGGCUGGGAAUGAAGAACCACAACAAAAGACUGAAAACAAACCAGUGCCUUAUAAGAAGAGUGAGUUAAAUGUAACACAUUCUUCUGCAGCCAUGAGGAAACCCCCUCAGAAGGAAUCCCAACUUAAUAUCAAAGUCAAGAGCUCUCUUUCAAAACAGCCACACAGAACAGAAGCUCCAAGUUACUCAGCUGUGGAGGGAAAGGCUGUAAAAGACUUCUCAUCACAAGCUAAUUUCAGCAUACUAGAAGACAGCAAAGCUUCUACUUCAGAGAGGACCCUUCCACCUUCAGCAUGUCCAAAAGAGGAAACCAAGAGACCCAGAGAUAGUCACAUCAACACAACUAUACCAGGUCAUUUACUGGAGGCUUACAGAAGCAAAAAGCCCCAUUUGUCAUUGCAGACACAUUCAUCCAAUGAGAUAAUUUCACUGACACCCUUGAAUAGUAAAGAUCUUUCUGCCAAUCCAGAAGAAAAAGGCAAGGUCUCUGAACUUGAACCAACCAAUGAAAGCCACAGAUAUCUACAGCCUGUAAAACCAACUGUGACAAGUGCCCUCCAAAGUUAUGCAAAUACUCCAAUAAAAAAUAAUGUUGUUAACAAUGCACUUCACCAGGAGACAGAGAGCAAAAUGCUGAAUGCUCUCAAGCCACCAGGGAGCCAGGUAUUUGUUCCAGAGUAUGGCAUGUCCCCAGGGAGUGCCAAUACAAACACUCCCUAUAGAUCAAGAGAAUACAAUGAAGAAACCAGACCACCAAGCAGCCCAUCUGCUGAGCCACUGCCACCAUCUGGAAAGCUCCAAGACAGUAGGGAUCAUUUAAGUAAACUGCAGGCAACAACUGAACAGUAUUUCACAGCUGCCCAGGCUGAGAAUGCAAACUACUUAGCAAUUCCCACGAAGACCCAGAUGUCUGAACCAGCUCCUACACCCUCAGGGGUCUCCAACCCAGACAUUGCUUCAUUCAGUUCCAAUGUGUCCUUCCAGCCAGGCGGGGAAGCUUCAGCAAGCAAAAUGAGCAAUGAGCCUUCUCAGCCCAAAGCACCAGAGGGGAAGGCAGACACUGAUCAUUCCAAAUCCAGUCCCCCAAGUCACGUACAUCCCUAUCCUCGGCAUGACGAGUCACCCAACUUCAUGAGGAGAAGUGACAGCAGUUUCCCAUGUGGUAAAAGUGCUGCUAGUCCAACCAGGCCUUUUGCUCCACAUUCCCACGUGCACAGAAAAAUGCUCGUUGAUCCAGACAGUGGGAAAUGCUACUACAUGGAACCACCCAGGCAACCCCAGCUGAAGAUGCUCUACGAUCCGGAGACAGGCCAGUACAUCGAAGUGUUGAUACCACCUGUCCCCUUGGCAUCACACAGUGGGCUUUACCAAUCUCCUUUCAACCCACUGUUCAUGAAUCCAGGGGUUUAUGGACCAUCUUACAUGCCAUAUUCAGGAUUUCCAGCAUUCCCCCUGCCACCCCCUCCUGUAGCUAUGCCACCUACCCACCCUGAUCUGCAAAAUCAACAGCCUGCUCAAGAAAGUACAAACUUCAAUGGAACUUUCAGCCAUGUUCCUAAAAGUGAAGCUCCACCACCUACCCAAGCCAGUGACUGCAGCUACAUGGAGAGUUUAUAUUAUAUUCCCACCGGAAUGAAUGCAAGUCCUAAUCCUAAUCAGCCCUUAUUCUCUCCGGCGACAAGUUCAAGUCCUUCUGUGCUAGAGAAAGGGUCCAUGUUCAGGAUGUGAGAUAUGAACAUGCAACAUAAUGAGAAUUCAACAAUGGGUUUCCAGAAGGGAUGUGUAUUGCACAUUUACUUUUGAUCACGUGUACUUUAAAAAAGAAGUCAUGUUUGCACCAGUCCGCAAGACAUGGUGAAAAAGAAAAUAAUUUUGCUCACCUUAUCCAGCUAUUUGGACUUCUGAAGUCAGUAAGAGGUAAUGGCACACCAAGGUUGCAUGGCACAUACCACUAUCUGUUAAUCCUAUUGGUCAUUUUCAAACUAAAUGUAACCAAUCCUGGGCAUCCUGGUGCUCAUGAAGUCAAGAGCAUUUUUGCAACUGACUUCAAAGAGGUCAGGAUUCAGCUGAACAGACUGUAGCUGCCAGUCUGGUGGUUGUUUUGCAGAGUAAACUACUCUAAUGCGGUGCCUGUUCCUGGGAGGUGCUGAUCACCUUCAACCAGAAUUCUGCAUGAGUUGCACUGAGAGGGUUUGGAUCAGGCCCUGUUGUUGACUAGGAGCAGCCAUUUUAUCUUAAAUUGUGUUCCUGCUGUAUUCCCUGUUGGGUCCAGACUUGAAACAUGGAACUUCCCAAUAUUCAAAAUAUUACAAGUCUCAGACAAAGCCUUUUUUUUUUGGAAAAGUCCAUACAAUGGGGAAUGUACACAUUGUGGCUAGAAAGUCUACAGCCUUAUUUGUUUUGUUUUGUCAGG